CAAAUCCCUCGUGCAGGAGGUACCGGCUCACCAAGAAAGUUAUUAUUCACUUUAUUUCUGAUUCUUGUGAGAUGUGGGGAAUUCUGUAAGGGUACACAUAUUACAACCAUGGGGAUGUUUAGAUCGUGCAACCACUUCAGCAUCAGGCCUCUAAUGACCUACACUCUUCAGAGGAAGUCUUUACUAACAAAGAAUUCAGCAGGAAGUCUGAAUGGUUUUGUCAUUUCUAAGACAUGGAGGUUACAAGAAGGAACAGGAAAAAAUGUUCUGCCUCUGUCACAGUUUGCUUUUAGAUAUAAUACCCCAACAGACCAAAGACAUGGGUUACAGAAAAAUUUCCAAAUGAUUCAAAGCUGCUUCUAUCACAGCAUAUCAAGCAGCAGAUACAGACAAGGAAGUCCCAUUUCUCUAGUGAGUUCAUCAAACUCCCUCCUUGGAAACAGCAUUGACAGACGGAACUUUUCAACAUCCUGGCUGGACAACUUGGCCCUUACUCAAGCAGGCUGGUUCAGGGCCCUAGCAGAAUCAAGACUGGUUGAGAGCUUAAUGGGGGGGCUGCAGGGAAUACAUGACUCUCUGAACCUGCCUUGGUGGGGAGCCAUUAUCAUCUCUACAAUACUGAUGAGGGGAGUGUUAACCUUCCCUCUUGCAGUGUACCAGAAUUACAUCUUGGCCAAAGUAGAAAACUUGAAACCUGAAAUGGAUAAGUUAGUUAAAGAAUUGAAGAGAGAGACAGCCAUUGCCAUAAGAAAGUUUGGCUGGGACGAGAAGCAUGCACGCAUUAUGUUCAAUAGAUCGGCCAAGAAAAUGUGGAAAGAUCUUAUCAUCAAGGAGAACUGUCAUCCAUUCAAGGCGAGCUUACUUCUUUGGGUCCAGAUUCCACUGUGGGUCUCCAUGAGUGUGUCAUUCCGCAAUAUGGCCUCCAUGAUGCCACACCAGGAUGCAG